AUGGCCGUCUGUUCGGACGAAGGCUAUGUGCGAGUAUGGAGCACAUCUGACCGUGGCUCUGCCCCGGUCACAUCCCACAGAGCCGGAUAUGAAGCCAGUGGUGGUGAUGUAGUUGUUGGAGGCAGUGGCUAUGAUAGCAAUGGGAACGUUAAAUAUGAUAUACGAGAUAAGAUGAGCGCACGCCAGAAAUACAGUGAAAAGGAUUGGAAGGCACGUACACGCUCGGAAAACUCUGCUAAACGACGCAGCAAACAGCUUGAUUCGCCUCGAUCUCUUAGUUGUGGUGGGAGCCCAGGAUCAGAUAACGUGUUCAUACGCACGGAUACAGGAAAGGCAACCCACGUGCUAGCGGAGUGCGAUGCACUGAACGCAGCCAAAUUGCGGGACGAUUCUAUCGUAUAUGCAAUUGCAAGUGGCAAUUUAGCCAGACGUAUGUACUGGAAGAAGGACAAAAGCUCGUGUACAUGCGCAGCACCAACCCAGCAGGGCAUCAGCAUACCUAUUAAUAUGCCCACACACACUCGCAAAAUUGUGGUGCCUAGCGAUACGCCCUUGGCGUGUUCGAAGCUUCAUGUAAGCGUAGCUGGAAGGAUAAGCGAGCGAUCAGAAUGCAAACGGGGCAAACCAAUAGAAAGCCGCCCACACACAAGUACUCGAACUUCAGCAGUGUCCACACAAACAGAUAAUGGACAACCAGCAGAAUGCGUGAGCACACAGGUAAGGCAUCACGUCACAGGUGGCCAAAAUGCGAAUGCGUGCCAGGAAGGCACAGUAGCACACACACCGACACCCAAACAAUGCCGAGGCGACUCACAGGUAGAUCGGCGGAGAAUAUCAAAGUCACUCACACCCACUGUGACCACCCCAGCCCAUGCGGACACCACUGAAACAGCGGCUAAAAUGAGUGGGAUUUCGGGGACUAAAAAAACACGCAGCACGCUUAAGGCAAGUGGGGCGACGCUGCAUCAACUGGCAGAGGGAUCGACGAUUGAGAUGCGCGUGGAGAGUGGCAAGGAAGUGUGGGAGCGGACACGGGUGCAUAUCAAUGCGAUCCCCUUUAGGAAAUCCAAAGCAAACAGAGACAUACGGAGUUUCUUCCAACCCUUGCAAUCUGCUGCCUGUAAGCCGCAAGCAGCAUCAACCGUUGGGGAUGAGAAUAAGCCGCCGUCAAACGGCACAAAGCUCAUUGCCAGAACACGCAAAGGAGCACGUCUGUCCGUUUCAAAGCACAACUGUACUGGGAAAGCAGCAGACGAUGAGAGGAAGAGGAUAACACCGCUCGCAGCCAGUACACGUCUCAACUCAGGUAGUUGCACAAAGACCGCCAGUAUCGCCAAACUCAAUGGCAAAUCUAAAAUAGCCGCUACAAAAGGCCCGGAGAACAGAGGUGGGGACAUACAAACACACCUGCCCACACACACACGCCCAGUCCUCGCUGUUCCACGACAGAAGGCUGGUAGAAAAUUAGGAGACACGGAUGACUCAUAUGUGUCUUCUUGUAAGAGGAUGAAAACUAGUGGGAACGAAGCCGUAGACACUCAACAAACAAUGAAUCCUGUAGAUGCAUGGUUCUAUCCCGUCCAAUAAAGCCUGCAAAUUCA